ACUGACAGUCGAGCAGGCGUCUCGCCCUCUACACCUGCGAGAUCCGCACAGCCUUUGAUCCGUGCCGAUGACCGCUGCUGCACUACAUCUGACACCAAUUUCAGCGGUCUCGCGUCGGUUUCAACCCCUCCGUGCCACAUCAACACCAUGGCUGCCCUCCCAGCUCAGUCUCUUCCCGACUGGGACCAUGACGAAAUAUACGCCGAAGCAGUCUGCAACAUCGACGAUGUUUUUUACCACGGCUGCGAGGACGAGGAUUACGACAAUCCUGCUACAAGACGACUGAGAUACGAGGCCGCGGGUCGAAGGUUUCUGGACGGGGAUGUGCCCUUCCUGCUGUCAGCCUCCCUGCGAGGCCCCUUUGAUCAAGGGUCCGGCUGGUCCAAUCCGUGGCGGAGCAAACAGCGUGCCCACUCUGAGAAGCCACUGGCCGCAGAGUCGAUAACGGAAGGGGCCUUAGCCACGAAUGAGCAGGUACUCGAGGAGACGGAGCUCGGCGAAUCCGACCUCGAAUGCCAUCUUCCCAGCCCCGAGAGCCUUAAGCAGGCACCGCUUACCGAAAAGCAUUCCCAUCUCGACGACCACGUGUUGUCUAUGAUACAGGACUGGAGAACGGGUAUCAAAAUACCCUCUCCGUCGCGCGAUUCUUUCUGGGCUGCAUCCAAGGCUCAGAUCACCGCUUCGGCCAGAAAGAGGCGCGCCAGAGAAUCCGAAUGGCUCAAAAGGGUGGCCAGCAAGAAGCGCAAACUCGAGUCCAGCGAACCCAGCUUUUCCAAGUCUCCCCUCGCUCGUCGAAAUUCCAAUUCGCGUGUGCUGCGUGAUAAGGAUCAUCUCACUUCGACCAAUUCUGUCAGCUGGCUGGCUAAUUCGGUCUUCAAUUCCCGAGCGUCGAAGUCCGGACAAGCAACUGGAAGCUUUGAGGAAGUGGAUGAGACAGAGGACGAGCUCAUGACGUCAAUGCCACCCCUCUCCUUUGCUAAACACAAAAGGCGCGUUCCCAAGACGCCAAAGCGAGUCUCGCCCCGACGAGAUAUGUGGAAGUGUGUCAUGCAGUCCACUGGACAAGCGGACGACGAGUUGAGCCAAAAUGAAGCGGCUGCGGCCACUCUUUCAUCCCCGAUAUCGCAGCGCCAUGGAGCUGUGGCCUCUGGUCGCAGAGCAACAGACGUGAAUAGGCGUGCAGCGGGUGCAUCCCUCACGGUGGAACACCCAUCAACUACGAAGCAUGGCAUCAUGGUAGGAAACCAGGGGCCAGUCUACCACAUGAACAAUCCGGAAGAAGGCGACAGUGCCGAAGAAGCCUUGCAUGCUCCUAUCGCGCCGGAUUCAGUCGCACAGUUGGAGACUCAAAUGGAUUCCAGUUCCUGCUUCAAAAUCCGACAACAGCCCGAUCAGACCGGCAAGGAGUCUUCAAUGGUUGACAUGAACCGGCCAGACCUGGAAACUACAGACCACGAGUGUACAUUGAGCAAACAAACAGAAGACCACGACUCCGAGAAAUCUGUCGAGGGCGAGAUCAAUGCGGCUCCUGUCGGCCCACCAGAAUCCAAGGAGCGUAAAGAGAUCUCAUGUGGCGAUGAUGCCCGGAGUAUCACAGAAGCCUACAGCAAAGCCACAAGAGACAUAGACCGCGCCCCACAAGACCAGGUCAGCGACCGUGCCGCUACCUCGGGGCGUCCUGCAGAUGAUGCAGACGGUGCAUACUCUACGGAUGAUGAGGAACAAGUCGGGAUUGCACCUCCUGGAGACGGCACAGAUAUUCAUGAACGAUCUCGCUUCAGAAGGCUGAUAUCCCUUGAAAAGCGGCCCGAUAAGAAGGGGGGCGGCAAUGUGAAGCGGCUUGUCACUCAUACUCAUGCGCAUGAAAGUAGCGCUGAUAUUGAUGCUGUGUCGACAACCAACGACCGGAUUGGACGAAAUGUUACCCAGGCGCCCGACAUCGAAAUUGCCGCUCGACCCAAACCAGAGGCUAGCGGGUCCGAAGAGGCUCGAACCAGUCUCGAAGAACCCGACGUCAGUGCAUCGGAGCCAGCUAUUGAUUACAAGCCUUUAGCAGCCGAGAUCCUAGGGUCGAAAGGCUGUGAAACGAAGCCGCCGUAUCCAGAGAGGCCGAUUCUGAGCGUGGUUAGGUCCCCUGAGAUUUCACUUCCCCCUCUCGGUAAGGUGGUGCCAGACCCAGGCCUCGAGGCUGGCAUGGGGCCAGAGAAGCAUUGCGGUGCAUCAAUGGGACAGUCACGCCCGGCUCUCCCUUCGAAGUCGAGCGAGGUUUCCUUAAAGAGCAUUCUCCAUCGCCUUGUUCCGUCGAGCCCCUGGGCCAGACUGUCCCAGAAGACAUCGUGCUCUGAGGCGAAGUCAGAUGAUGCAACAGCCAACCUGAAGUCCCUAACGCCAAGCACAGAAACAGCUUCGGAGAGUGAUGUGGCUGGUACAGAGGUCAUGGAUGAGGAUGAAUCUUCCUCCCACCAGGAGCAUAUUGAUGCGUCGCGACCGGAAAGUGAGGCCGCUGUCCCGAUGAUUGCGAAUAUUGACAACUCCACUUAUCAACAAGAAGAAACAGCAGUCACGCCAGAAAAAGCCACAGGCGCCGUGAUAACAGAAUCACAACAGACUCCAUGGGACAAGACGCAGCUCUUCGGGCGCUCGAAAGACAUUUCAACUGGCAAUCACGGUGAGAGCACCGGCCGAUUCUCUGAUGAGAAGUGCCUAAACUCGGGUGAGAGCCAGCUUGUUAUACCCGCAGACGCACAAAGCCCAUGGGCUGGUGGUAUUGGCGAUACCUUGGCGUACGGCGGCAACGUCUCAAGCAAUUGUCUUGUGUCUCAAGGUAGCAUCAAGACACCUGCAUCGCAGCCAGCCGUGCGACUGUCGACACCGGAGCCGCAAUUUACUGUCAAAUCAUUUGCUUCAUUCAUGACGCCCUCACCAGCACGAACUCGUCCCCGCACCGGCCAUAUUGGGCAGAGUAUAGAAGGAUAUCGAAUGGCUUCGGCGCUGAAAAUCCAUGGUAGCGUGCCACGUGCUAGCCGGCGCGUGUCAUGGCGACUACCAGAUCAUGGCGCUGGGCAAGAGCAGGUCAGAGGCUUGCAAGACUCAUGUGGUCAAUCGAGUUUUGAACAACGGGGACGCGCGGCGUCGCCUCCCCCGGCCACGCCCAUUGGCAACCUCCCCACAUCAGAAAGCGACAAGUUUAGAAAGCAUUUCGCGGCCGUGGCAAGUCGCACCGAUGGACUACGUCAGAAGCUCAUCCCAACGGCAUCCCAACAGGCUGCUCAGAGUCCAGGCAUGCAAGGCAUGGCCGCGCAAUUUUUGGCGGCGGACGAUGCCGUGGCUACUGAGCAGUUGGGCGGAGCUGCCCUCGAACUUGAAACGGAUGUGGUGCGAGAACGGCAAGAACGAGUUGCAAGAGAGUCCCAAGAACCGAUGGAUGUUGUAGAGGAUCUGCUAUGCGAGAUGGACGACUUGUUACAGGUCUGGGAUGUGGACGCGGAGCUGGAUCAGGCAUGCAAGAUACCUAGGUCUGGAGUGCAGCGGAUGGAGAUGAAUAUUGGAAGCCAGAGUCCCUGGUGAGACGUUGGAGGUAUAGCUUUACUGUGCGUGCGAUUGACCUUUAGCGUUUAGCAGCUGGCGCGACUGGUACUACGUUUUGUUAUUAAAUACACUGACA